GUCUCUCUCUCUCUCACUAAAGACGGAGCAGUCCCUGAAAAUUAGUCUCAUCAUCGGCCUUAAAUCUCUCGACCCUUUUGGUGUUUUUUUGGGUGAAUCGUGAUAAUCUUUUGGAAGAACAGAGACAGGAUGAAGAGCAACCCGUUGCAACUGAAGUCCCUGAACCACAUCUCCUUCGUCUGCAGAUCAGCCGAGGAGUCCAUCGACUUUUACCAGAACGUUCUCGGCUUCGUCCCCAUCCGUAGGCCCGGUUCUUUCGAUUUUGAUGGCGCAUGGCUCUUUGGUUUUGGAAUGGGGAUCCACCUGUUGCAGUCGGAGGACCCUGAAACUAUGCCGAAGAAGACUGAGAUUAACCCUAAAGACAACCACAUCUCUUUCCAGUGCGAGAGCAUGGGGGCAGUGGAGAAGAAGCUGAAGGAGAUGGGAAUCGACUACGUGCGGGCGAGAGUAGAGGAAGGGGGGAUCCAGGUGGACCAGCUCUUCUUCCACGACCCCGACGGUUUCAUGAUCGAGAUUUGCAACUGCGACAGCCUCCCAGUCAUCCCGCUGGCCGGCGAGGUUGCCCGCUCCUGCUCCCGGGUCAACAGCCUACAGAUGCCGCAGCCCCGGGUCAAGCAGGUGCUCCAGCAGUAGGAGCAUCCGAUCAAAAAUACAUGCUUCGAUUCGUCAGGUUGUCGUGAUUGGAUUACCCGACGAUGAUGUAAGAUUUAUGGAGUCGGGGUGUCCUGUCAGGGAAGAAAUUCGAAGAGUCUCUUUGUUUUGGUGAGAAAGGAGGAGAGACGGGUUCCUUUGCUGCUUUUGUUUUGCUCUGUUCUUGUCCAUGUUGGAUUGAAAUAAAGGACAACGUAGGAGUUUGAAACUUCAA